ACUCUCUCUCCUCAAUCCUUACGCAUAUAAAAUUCUUACAAAUACUUAGGAGACAUAUUUUCUACUAAACCAUCAUCUUCUACCUUUGCUCUCUCUCUCUCUCUCGUAUACAUACACAAAUAUCCCUUUUCCUCGCACUGUUUAUAUCCAUCUGUUUGUUUCAAAUAUGAGUUCUCAGUUGAAUCAAAACCAGCCCCAAGCUUAUCCAGCACCUGGAUACGCUGCAGCAUCGGUUCAGUUUACUGCUCCACCGCCAGCGGGUUACCCGAGGAGAGAUGGUCAACCCGAGCCCCAGAAUCCAGUUCCCGCCGCAACCCGAGCCAGGGAAGAUGGCUUCUGGAAGGGAUGUUGCGCUGCCUUGUGUUGUUGCUGUGUCUUGGAUGCUUGCUUCUAAGGAUGGAUGGAUUGAUUGUGCCAUGAUGGAUCUGUCCUCUUUUUCUUUUUCUUUUUUAAAUAAAAUUUCGAUAAAACAGUGUUAUGUUAUUUGAUUUCACGUGUAUUUAAUUUUGAAUUAUUAUUGUGGUUGAUGAGAGUUUCUUCUCUGAUUUGAUGUAGGGUUCCUACUUCUUCCAUUGUCCGUUUGUAGUACUUAUCUUUCAUUGGAUUACAUAGCAUCUCUAGUAAUUUUGAAA